AUGUCCACAGAGACCCGGCGACUGACCAGACUGUGGAGAUUAGAGCUGAUGUCCACAGACACCCGGAGACUGACCAGACUGUGGGGAUUAGAGCUGAUGUCCACAGAGACCAGGAGACGGACCAGACUGUGGGGAUUAGAGCUGAUGUCCACAGACACCCGGAGACUGACCAGACUGUGGGGAUUAGAGCUGAUGUCCAGAGAAACCCGGAGACUGACCAGACUGUGGGGAUUAGAGCUGAUGUCCACAGACACCCGGAGACUGACCAGACUGUGGGGAUUAGAGCUGAUGUCCACAGAGACCCGGAGACUGACCAGACUGUGGGGAUUAGAGUUGAUGUCCACAGAGACCCAGGGACUGACCAGACUGUGGGGAUUAGAGCUGAUGUCCACAGAGACCCGGAGACUGACCAGACUGUGGGGAUUAGAGCUGAUGUCCACAGAGACCCGGCGACUGACCAGACUGUGGGGAUUAGAGCUGAUGUCCACAGAGACCCGGAGACUAACCAGACUGUGGGGAUUAGAGCUGAUGUCCACAGACACCCGGCGACUGACCAGACUGUGGGGAUUAGAGCUGAUGUCCACAGAGACCAGGAGACGGACCAGACUGUGGGGAUUAGAGCUGAUGUCCACAGACACCCGGAGACUGACCAGACUGUGGGGAUUAGAGCUGAUGUCCAGAGAAACCCGGAGACUGACCAGACUGUGGGGAUUAGAGCUGAUGUCCACAGACACCCGGAGACUGACCAGACUGUGGGGAUUAGAGCUGAUGUCCACAGAGACCCGGAGACUGACCAGACUGUGGGGAUUAGAGUUGAUGUCCACAGAGACCCAGGGACUGACCAGACUGUGGGGAUUAGAGCUGAUGUCCACAGAGACCCGGAGACUGACCAGACUGUGGGGAUUAGAGCUGAUGUCCACAGAGACCCGGCGACUGACCAGACUGUGGGGAUUAGAGCUGAUGUCCACAGAGACCCGGAGACUAACCAGACUGUGGGGAUUAGAGCUGAUGUCCACAGACACCCGGCGACUGACCAGACUGUGGGGAUUAGAGCUGAUGUCCACAGAGGACCAGGAGACGGACCAGACUGUGGGGAUUAGAGCUGAUGUCCACAGACACCCGGAGACUGACCAGACUGUGGGGAUUAGAGCUGAUGUCCACAAAGACCCGGGGACUGACCAGACUGUGGGGAUUAGAGCUAAUGUCCACAGACACCCGGAGACUGACCAGACUGUGGGGAUUAGAGCUGAUGUCCAGAGAAACCCGGAGACUGACCAGACUGUGGGGAUUAGAGCUGAUGUCCACAGACAACCGGAGACUGACCAGACUGUGGGGAUUAGAGCUGAUGUCCAGAGAAACCCGGAGACUGACCAGACUGUGGGGAUUAGAGCUGAUGUCCACAGAGACCCGGAGACUGACCAGACUGUGGGGAUUAGAGUUGAUGUCCACAGAGACCCAGGGACUGACCAGACUGUGGGGAUUAGAGCUGAUGUCCACAGAGACCCGGAGACUGACCAGACUGUGGGGAUUAGAGCUGAUGUCCACAGAGACCCGGCGACUGACCAGACUGUGGGGAUUAGAGCUGAUGUCCACAGAGACCCGGAGACUAACCAGACUGUGGGGAUUAGAGCUGAUGUCCACAGACACCCGGCGACUGACCAGACUGUGGGGAUUAGAGCUGAUGUCCACAGAGACCAGGAGACGGACCAGACUGUGGGGAUUAGAGCUGAUGUCCACAGACACCCGGAGACUGACCAGACUGUGGGGAUUAGAGCUGAUGUCCACAGAGACCCGGGGACUGACCAGACUGUGGGGAUUAGAGCUAAUGUCCACAGACACCCGGAGACUGACCAGACUGUGGGGAUUAGAGCUGAUGUCCAGAGAAACCCGGAGACUGACCAGACUGUGGGGAUUAGAGCUGAUGUCCACAGACACCCGGAGACUGACCAGACUGUGGGGAUUAGAGCUGAUGUCCACAGACACCGGAGACUGACCAGACUGUGGGGAUUAGAGCUGAUGUCCACAGACACCCGGAGACUGACCAGACUGUGGGGAUUAGAGCUGAUGUCCACAGAGACCCGGCGACUGACCAGACUGUGGGGAUUAGAGCUGAUGUCCACAGAGACCCGGGGACUGACCAGACUGUGGGGAUUAGAGCUGAUGUCCACAGAGACACCCGGAGACUGA